AUGGCCCAUCUUGAGAGCCCCUUCCGCAUUGUUAUCGUUGGCGGUGGCGUGGCUGGCCUGGUAGCCUCUGGAUGUCUUCAAAAGCUUGGCAUCGACCAUGUCGUCCUUGAAAGACAUGUGGAGGUGGCUCCUGCCCUCGGUGCUGGGAUUGCCAUGUGGCCGCACGGCCUACGCGUUCUUCAUCAGCUCGGUUGCUUAGAUGCUAUCAAGGCCGCCUCCGUGCCAAUUAAUCGUUUCCAAUGCCGGGGUGCAGAUGGGCGCUUAAUACAAGACAACGAACUUUAUACUCGUGUGCAAGAGAACCAUGGAAUAGGCUUCUAUCCUCUAGAAAGGCGCCGGUUUCUACAAAUACUAUACGAUGCUUUACCUGAUAAAUCGUUUAUUAAGACCGAUGCCAAUGUCGAAGCUGUGGAUCAAAACGCCAAUGGAGUUGAAGUGCGGCUCAGUAAUGGCGACGUUGAAGUUGGUGAUAUGGUACUCGGUUGCGACGGUGUCCAUAGCGUAAUGCGGAGUCUAAUGUGGGAUUAUGCUAAUAAAACAUCUCCCGGAUUAAUCCGCACUAGCGAAAAGACAUCCUUAACAACCACCUUCAAGUCACUACUCGUCGUGACACCCGCCAUCCCAGAGCUCGGGCAUCGGGACCUCAUAACCACUUAUAACAAAGGGUUUACGUUCCUCGCUACGUCACAACCUAACGCGGUGUACCUUUUUGUCAUCUUCCGCAAUGAUCAACCCUUUUCGUGGCCUAAGCAGGAAAAGUUUACUGACGAGGAUGCCGAAACCUUGGCCGAAAUUGUUGCGGACAAGCCAGUCACAGACCAGAUACUUUUCGGCGAGAUAUGGAAGCGCCGAAUCCGUGCCUCUGUCAUUUCUCUCGAAGAGGGGGUAAUGGAACACUGGCACCACGGUCGAAUUGUACUUGCCGGCGAUGCUGUUCACAAACUUCACCCCAACCUUGCUCUCGGCGGAAAUUCAGCCAUUGAGGGUGUUGCAUGUCUGAUUAAUUGCAUCAGUCAAGUUAUUCAGGACACCAAAGGUCCUAAACCAAGUGGAACAGCUCUCAACAUGGCUUUUGCGACAUACCAAAAACAACAGCAACAACGUAUGAGAGAGCUAAUGAAUCUCAGCAACUUGGUCGCGAAAGCACAGACUUAUGCCACACCGGCUCAUAAGCUCUUCGCAAAUUGGGUGCUUCCACUAUUAGACGAUAGAGUAUUUGCGGAUUGGAUCGGAGCAUACGUCGCAAAAGCAACUAAUCUCGGCUCUAUGCCUUCAGAAGGCUUCCCGUCAGGACGUCUAUCAUGGAGUAUGGUCCCAGAAGGCGAACCCGUCAAGGAUAAGAAGAUCAAACAUGAGGUGGGAAUCUCGAUCGCGAUAUGA